UUAAUCUUACAGGUAAAAAUAUGGUUUCAAAACCAUCGGUAUAAAUGCAAACGACAGGCAAAAGAAAAGGCCAUGGCAGAACAAAAUCAGCACAAUCAAUCUGCAAGCUCGCCAAGGCGCGUUGCUGUUCCAGUUUUAGUAAAAGAUGGCAAGCCAUGCCCGGGAGCAGGCAAUUCAAUACAACAGCAAACACACACUAAUAGCUCAACAGCGUCUGGAAACAACAGCAAUAAUAGCAGUGGAAACGCAAAUGGGGUAGCUGGAACGAGUUCAGUUACAAGCAAUAUACCCAGUGUUUUAAAUCUGAUCCCUGGAGAUGCGCCUAACUCACACUCCCCUGACACAUCAUCAUCUUUGAUAGCAAGUUACAGUGGGACAGUUGGAGGUUCCAAUGCUUCUAUGUUACAACAACCCUGCAAUAAUGCUCUAAUGUCUAAUAGUUUAGCUAUGGCCUAUCGAAACCAAAACAAUUUUAUUUCGAAUGGUCAUCAACAACAGUGUGCUGGUUACUUGCCAUUGCAAGGUAGAGCAUGGUAAAGUUAGAAUUAUCAUUAAAUUCUUUCGGUUCUAUAAAGUGUACUCAAUUCAGUUAUGUGUAUAUUAU